AUGGACUGCACAACAGGAGUUGGAUCCUCACAGAGAUGUGUCAGUUGGCCUUACAGUGUUGUGUUUUGUUGUAAGGACGACCACCAUCAGCAGCAUUUCAUUACAGAGAUUUGUGAGUAUGCUGUGACGAUACAGCAACAACAAAGAUAUUUUAAGUUUGCAAGAUUGUUACUGGAACAUGGGGCUGAUCUCAAUGUACAGGACAACAGCGGACGAAUUGUCCUUCACAUUGCUGCAGGACAUUCUGGCAACAGCUCCAUCUUGCUUAAGCUGUUUCUCCAUCACAGAUCCGUUGUUAAUACAAGAAACAUUGAUAGCUGGACACCACUUCAUGAAGCAGCGUACAAUGGAAGUGUGGAAUGCAUGGAAGUGCUUGUGGGAAAUGGUGCUGAUGUGAAUGCUGUGACAGAUGAUGGAGUUUCUGUAUUACAUGUUGCUGAGUUACAGAAACACAAGGAUUGUGUAACAUGGCUUCUGGAUAUUGGAGCUGAUCGCAAUAAUGCUGCACAUCACAGGACCUUGAGAAAUUGUCCGCAAAUGCAACAUAGUGCAAACAACAGUGGUUGCUCAGGUACAAGAUUUUUCUGUGCACAGAUUGAAGUUUUCACCUCUGCUGAAACCUCAAAUUUGGAAAUGUGGAAAUUACUAGACGCCUACCAUGGUUCAGAACUCGUGUUAAUCUGCAGAUCUCCUUCUGUGGCCAUCAUUCUCACUACUCUCCUUUCAAUGAAACUAGUGAAAUUUAUGUUGUCCUUCACCUUGCUGAAGAGGCAGAGACUAGGAAGGUCGAUUAAAUGUACCAGAGGAAUUUUCCAUGGACAUAUUUCAGUGGUAUGUAUCAUGUUAGAUUUGCAUUAUUUCGUAAGAUUGUUCCACGUGCUGUUGGCAAAAGACGGACUUCAGCUGGUGGUGCACAGAUGUAGCAAAGUGCACUGUGGGUAACUUCCUGCUGUCAAAGCCUUGCUUUUCAAUCACAAAGCAAUGCACUUGAUGCAGGAUUUCACCUACAGUGGAGACUCUGACAAUCCAUUUGGAAGGAAAAUAUACGUUGCUGAAAACACUGCUGACAAAUCGAUUUUCUCAUCAGAUUCCAUUUGUGUGAUUGAAUGAUCUUGAACAUGCAGAUCUUCUGUGUUGAGGAUCCUGUAUUAUUUCUUGCUUGGUGCGUUUGGGAUGUGUGACAGGUGUGGGUUUUCUCCUGUUUUGCUCUUGACACUCUGCAAUAUAAUCCCUGUUAAUUCGUCCUUAAAAUGACAUUUUCUUAGCAAAGCAGGGAAAAUAAUAUGCAAGCUGUUAAUUUUUACAUUUCUUUCUUAUUUUACGUUUGUUUUUGAUGAAGAAAAGGUGCCAGCAUUAUAUAUUGCUGCAUGAUGAGGUGAAAUCUCUUGCCUUUGACCAGUACCACGUACUUUUUGAAGUGAUUACUUAUACACUACUGUAUUAAAAUGCUGUCCAAAUUUUGUGAAACAAUCUCGAAUGUUAAUGGUUGGCUGGAUCUUAGGUUAUUGUAUUCAGUGAACACUGAGCAUCAUGUCAUGUUAUUGUGUCUUGACAGAUCGGCACAGUUUACAGCACAAGUAAAAUAUUGCAGCAGAUUAUUGUAUUCAUCACUAAAUAUCUUUCUGGGGUUACAUUCAGUUUCUUAAUUCCAGAAAUUUCAAAAUUUUAUAUCUUGUAAACACAUAAAAAUGUCACAUUUUUAU